UAAAUGGGCUUUUCCAUGGGCUUCGGCCCAAAUUCUAAUAAUCAUGGAUUCUGAAAUUGAGUCGGCCACAUACCAAAGAAUUAUUUCUCUCUCUCCUCUGACGGUUCUUUUCUUCCUUCGUCCUCUCGUUUUGUUUCGUCGUCUCUCUCUCGCGCUCUGAAAAUUUCGCAGAAUCCGUCAUGUCUUCCGGCGUAAAUUCAACUGGCUCCGCCGCAACAGAACCGGAGGUCGACAAGAUGUUCUUCUGCUACCAGUGCAAUCGCACAGUGACAAUCUCAAUUUCCUCAUCCGCUGAUCCUUUUUGUCCAAUUUGUAACCAAGGGUUUCUUGAAGAAUACGAAGACCCUAACCCUAAUCCAUCCCUCAAUUUCAACCCUAACUCUGUUGAUUCCCUUUUCCCCAUGGCUGAUCCUUUCUCCACCUUGCUCCCUCUCUUAUUCGGCUCUUCCGCUGCCUCUCCUUCCGGCAUUGACUUGAUGAGCUCGAGCUUCUUCGCUCCGUCGAUGCAACCACAGGCUCGCUCCACUCAGCAGAAUCCCCAGUCUGACGCGUUUGAUCCGUUUACGUUUCUUCAGAAUCAUCUCCAGAAUCUGCGAUCUAGCGGUACGCACGUUCAGUUCGUGAUCGAGAAUCAUCCUUCGGAUCUAGGUAAUCGUAUGCCUGGGAAUUUCGGUGACUACUUCUUUGGUCCAGGUCUUGAGCAGCUGAUUCAGCAGCUAGCUGAGAAUGAUCCUAAUCGUUACGGAACUCCUCCUGCUUCCAAAUCCGCCAUUGAUGGGCUUCCUACUGUUAAGGUAACGAAGGAUAUGUUGAAAUCCGAGAUGAACCAGUGUGCCGUGUGUAUGGAUGAGUUUGAGGAUGGUAGCGAUGUUAAACAGAUGCCUUGUAAGCAUGUCUUUCAUCAGGAUUGCUUGCUCCCGUGGCUCCAGUUGCAUAACUCAUGUCCGGUUUGUCGAUUCGAGUUGCCUACGGAUGAUCCUGACUAUGAGAACAGGACUCAAGGAAUUCAGGCGAGUGGCGAUGGACAAGGAUCGGUUGAGGGUCAGCAGACGCCGAGGUUUAGUAUACAACUUCCUUGGCCGUUCAGGAGACAAGAUGGCUCUGGUUCUGAUCCUGGUUCUGGCUCGGGAGCACCUGGUGCCAGUGGAGGUAAUCUUGAGACCAGGGGGGAAGAUUUGGAUUAAGAAUGUGUUGGCCAGGGUCAUUGCUUGGAAACUGGAUCAGAAGGCUAUCACAAGUUCUCCAACAACAAAAAAAAACAGUUUUAUUAGGGAAACAAAAGUGACAUUGAGGUCUUACCAUAUUUUGUACAUUUGAAAAGUGUUCUUUUUUCGUUGUUAUUUUGGGAUAUAUAACGAAUGUGAGAGUUUUUAAAAAUUGCAAUUUUUCAUUUGAGUGUUGUUUAUU